UAUGCGUAAUGGCUGCCUGAUGGAGUAAAGGAAUAUAGGCAUUCAGCCUGUUCUUAUAAUUUGACCGUAACAAAAGAAUAACGUCGAGACGUCUGAGUUAAAAUGGUUUAUAUUCAUCCAGAAACGCAGCCUCUGACGAAAUCUAACAGAGUGAAGUGAACAGACAACAUUUGAGGUUGAGGCCCGUUUCUUGCCCUGCUGGUCAUGGCGAUGAGGGCCCGUUUGGAGGCGGUUCUGAACGUGUGUCUGCGAAUCCCCAGCAUCCUGCUGCUGGAGGUGAUGUAUCGCUGGGACGUCAGCUCCUUUUUCCAGAAGAUCCAGAGGAGCAGUCUCAACAAUAACCCCCUCUUCCAGUACAAAUACAUAGCUCUCUACCUGCAUUAUGUCGGUUAUAUCCUCAGUCUGGUGUUGUUGACAUUACCCCGGCAGCGCCUGGUGCAGCUCUACCUCUUAGUCCUCACGGCUCUUCUGCUCUUCGCUGGACACCAGCUGUCCAGGGAUUAUGUACGUGGCGAGCUGGACUCGGGCUACGAGGGACCCAUUUACCUGGAGCCACUGUCCAUGAACCGCUUCACCACGGCACUCAUUGGUCAGCUCGUGGUGUGUACUCUGUGUUCCUGCGUCAUGCAGACCAAACAGAUCUGGCUUUUCUCUGCUCACCUGCUCCCUUUGGUGGCCAGACUCUGCCUUGUGCCUUUGGAGACCAUUGUCUUCAUCAACCGCUUUGCCAUGAUCUUCACUGGCCUGGAGGUUCUGUACUUCUUGGCCACAAACCUGCUAGUGCCCUACAAUCUGGCCAAAACUGCAUACAGAGAGCUGGUGCAGGUGGUGGAGGUGUACGGUUUGCUGGCUCUAGGCAUGUCUUUGUGGAAUCAGCUGGUACUACCUGUGCUCUUUAUGUGCUUCUGGCUGGUGCUGUUCGCACUACAGAUCUACACCUACUUCAGCACACGGAACCAGCCACCCUCCCGAGAGAGACUGCUCUUUCUCUUCCUCACCAGUAUUGCUGAGUGCUGUAGUACUCCCUACUCUCUGCUGGGGCUGGUCUUCACUGUGUCUUUUGUGGCGCUGGGCGUCCUGACACUCUGCAAGUUCUACCUGCAGGGCUACAGAGCUUUCAUGAAUGACAACACCAUGCAUAGGGGCAUGACAGAAGGAAUCACUUUGUUAAUCUUGGCUGUUCAGACUGGACUCAUUGAGCUGCAGGUUAUUCACAGAGCCUUCCUUCUCAGCAUCAUCCUCUUCAUCGUUGUGGCCUCCAUCCUGCAGUCCAUGCUGGAGAUUGCUGACCCCAUAGUUCUGGCACUGGGAGCCUCCAGAGACAAGAGUCUGUGGAAGCACUUCCGAGCAGUGAGUCUGUGUCUCUUUCUGCUGAUCUUCCCUGCUUACAUGGCUUACAUGAUCUGUCAGUUCUUCCACAUGGACUUUUGGCUGCUCAUCAUCAUCUCCUCUAGCAUCCUCACCUCACUGCAGGUUCUUGGCACCCUAUUGAUCUACAUACUCUUCAUGGUGGAGGAAUUCCGUAAGGUACCUGUUGAGAACAUGGAUGAAGUCAUCUACUGUGUCAAUGGCACCUACCGGCUCCUGGAGUUCCUGGUGGCUGUCUGUGUGGUGGCGUAUGGUGUUUCAGAGACUCUGUUUGGGGAGUGGACUGUUAUGGGCUCCACCAUCAUCCUGAUUCACUCCUACUAUAAUGUUUGGCUGAGGGCCCAGCUGGGCUGGCAGAGCUUCCUGCUGCGCAGAGAUGCAGUCCACAAGAUCCAGAGCAUGCCCACUGCUUCCACACUGCAGCUCCAGCAGCAUAAUGACAUCUGUUCUAUCUGCUAUCAGGAUAUGAAGUGUGCUGUCAUCACGCCCUGUAGCCACUUUUUCCAUGCCACCUGCCUGAAGAAGUGGCUGUACGUGCAAGAGACCUGUCCUCUCUGCCACGGCCAACUCAAAAGCCAAUUACAGCCAACCAGCCCUACCGGUACCACUCCACCAGCCAUUCAGAACCCAGCAGAGGUGGGACAAGCUGAACCACAGGCUGAGUUGGACACUGAGGAAAACGGCCAAGACAAAAGCACUCCCUCUAUGACAGCCACAGCUGAGGAGGAAUUCGGAAAAGACUCGCUAUCGGGGAGUUUGCAGACCCAGCCCAAAGAUUGUGACGUGGAUACUGAGGGGUCAUGCUCCAUGUCAGUUGUCCAUUCCUCUUCCGAAUCAAAAAGCAGCACUCAAAUCUAUUCAGCCUGUUAAAUGACACACACAGGUUUUUAAAAUUGCCAAUGUAAUGGACUCCAUUAGUUGAUGUUUAAGGAAUAGUUCACCCAAAAAUGAAAAGAUUUCAUCAUUCACCAUCAUAAAUCCCUAAGAUAUUCCUUAUUCCAUGGAACACAAAAGAAGUGCUGUUUUCCAUACAAUGAAAAUGAAUGGGGACAGAGCUCCAAAAUUCAUCAGAAAGCAACAUAAAAGCACUCCUCUUUUGAAGCCAUACAAAACAGAGCAAAAAUGAUUCACUGAAAAUCUUCCCUUUUGCUGUAGCCCUCAAAUGUCCUUCACAUCUCUGCAUAUUCAAACUUUUAUUGUACGCAAAUUUGUUUUAAGAGCUGCAAUGAAGGGAAGGAUUUUCAGGCAAAUAUAUAUGUUCAUUUCUAUCUGUUCCUCACACCAAGCUAUCGGUUUCAGAAGACUUUGAAUAUAGUGCACUAGUUUGGUAUUGACUACUUUAUGAUAUUUACUGAUGCUUUUUGUUAUUUUUGGAGAUGGCAUCCCCAUUCACUUUCAUUAUGUGGAAAAGAGCACCUGAGAAAAUCUACUAAAUUUCUGCUUUUGUGAUCCUUUGAAGAAGAAAAAGAUUUUCACUUUUGGGUGAACUAUCCCUUUAAGCUGGUCACAUGUGUCUUUUGGGUGAUUGGUCGUAUUUAACCCCAAAUGAAAAAAAGAUUAUAUUUUGCAUAAAAAGCGAAGUCUACAUUUAGGACCAUUAAUAAUAUUUUCAUUGUGACAUUAUUUUCAGGACACUUUUUUUAACCCCCGGUUCACAUUACUGUAACAAGUCCGGAUGUUUUUUUUGACUUGUCCCAUUGUUUUCAGUUAUGAUUCUCAUUACCACAACGCAGUAUUUUUUUACCCUAUAUUACAGUAACAAAUUAUGCUGUUGUAAAAGAAUCUUUUAAAUUAAAAUCAGCAAAAAUUAAGAGCAGUACCAGGAGAGUACUGCUAUGUAUAAAAAUGUCCCAAUUAAAAUAUCUAUUUUUCUUCAUGUUGCUGUAAUGAGAAUAUUAUUUACAUUUUUUUGUCUCAUUGCAGUGAUAAAAAUGUGGGGGUUAAAUGUAACUGUCUUGAAAAUAAUGUCAUAAUGUGAAAAAUAAUAAUAAAAUCGUCAUAAAAAUAGGCCUUAUUUUCUAUAUGCUAAAUUAUUUUGCAUAUCAUUUUUCAUUUUGGAGUAAAAUAGGACCAGGACUUUUUCUUGACCGGUUUCAUGAGAUUCACCCUUAUACUUAUUUUUGUAUGAGCUAUUCACAAUGUUGCUGGUCAAAAGACAUUUCGGAAACAUUUUUUAACUUGCUUCCAACCAAAACAUGGAGUUCGUCUCCUUGGAAAAAAUAGGAGAUUCAUGCUUCUUACACUAUGCUAAUGUACAUUGUGUUCAGCUUAUUGGAAUUGAGAAAUAGUUGUGUACAUAAAACAGUAAAUGUCCUAGAAGUCUAUCUACAAUUGAGCCACCGUAGAGUCCAAGACCCCUGCAAAGAAGUGAAACUGAGGAAUGUUCUUUUCAAGUGCCAUUGAGCCAGAUCAUAUGUUUUAUUAAAAUGUUGCCUCACAAUAUUUCCCCAGUUUUAAAGGGAUGUCUGACCCCAAACUGCUUUUUCAUUUUGUCCUAUAUAUAAAUGCACCGUUUACCAUGUUAACCAUUAGUGCAGAUAACGUCGACUUGUCAGUUUGGCAGUUGGCUUCAUUACUAAAAGCGAGCAUCUUUGAAUGCAUUUUGCAGACUGUAAACCUGUUUUCUGGUUUUAAUGAACAUUACAAAAGUAGACAAUCAAUUUAAAACAAUUAUGUUGGGGUGGAUACUUCAUUAAGAACUUUCUGCAUUUUCCCAUAAUGAAAUUGGCAUGUUUUUACUAUCUGUACAUGUUUUGAAUGACUGUUGGCGUAUCAGAAGUGUUUAUAACACCAAUAACGACAGCACUUGAUUGCAUUAAAUGGAUAGGUCACCUAAAAAUGAAAAUUCUUUCACUCACUUUGAGUUUGGGAAAACAUGAGGGUGAGUAAAUGAUUUCCAUUUUUGGGGGCAAAGAUCCCUUUAAAAGGAGACUUAGUUUUGCCAUUUAUUUUUAAGCUGUCAGGAAAACACUUUAUUUUGUUUGCAAGAGAAGUCAUGCCAAACUAUAUAUCUUUGCACUAAUGUUGUUUAUAGCGAAUAAUCGAUACUUUCGUCUUUGUCUUGAGCAACAAAUGCUCUUGGGGCAAAUGAUGUGUUGCUCAAUAUAAAUGUGUUUACUUAUAUGGGCAAAUGUAUUCCUUUGUAUAUUCUUUUACGAUGUUUUAAAUACAGUGUUAAAGCCGCAGUGAGCAUUAUGAAGUGUCUGGAGGACUGUGUGAACACUUUGACUUCUCCAUAGGUAGAUGUGUGAUUGAUCCUCCAAACACUGAUAGUGGAUUUGCUGAUGUAGUUAAAGCUUAAUUGAUCUUACUGUGAUUCACAGACACAUUUCAGAAUGGCAGGUUUGUGUAGAUGAAUACAUCUGAUGUAUGAGCAAACAUUUAAAGUCAUUCGAAAAACAUUUCUGUAUCUUGAGUUUUUGCACAAAUUUCUUUAAAGAAAAUAAAAUGCAAAUGUAG